AACCAGCAGCAUAUUAUUUCCGGUUACAGAUACGUCCUUGUGUAGUGGUUUCCUCUUGGUUGAGGUGAGGUGAAAUUAGAGAGAUACAGCCGUAUAUGCAGGGAGUUGGUCCAGUUUUGUACCUGUCGAGAUGGGACUGACGCUACCCGAUGAAGCGAAGGUUCUUCCCCCACCGGGCAUAAUAAACAGAAAUUCUGUUUGGCUCGGGUUAUGUGGCUGGACCGCGGCAAUGAUUAGCAAUGCUUUGCACCGCAGACCCGCAUUGAUGUCUGGUGUUCAUCGGCAGUUUCUUUACAUCACCACUGCCUGGGUCCUGGGAUAUCACUUUACAAAAUUGGAGAAUUAUAAUUAUGCCCAAGCGGACAGAGAAAUGAACGAAUACAUUCGGGCGCAUCCCGAGCGAUUCCAGGGGCAAGGAAAGAAGACAUUUGCUGAGGUUUUGGAGGACUUCCACCCCGUUCGCUGAAUGACUAGCUGGUGCCAGAGUGCAGAGUGACUGUGGGCGUCUCAGUCUGCACCUUUACUGUCUUAUCGUAUCAAGGCUUGCAACCUCUCUGUACAAAUGCAAGCACCCAUUGUGUAAUAAAUGUAGACUAUAUUUGUU